AACAAUAAUAAUAACAAUAAUAAUAACAAUAAUAAUAACAAUAAUAAUAACAAUAAUAAUAACAAUAAUAAUAAUCACUUUAAAAAUAAUAUCUCAAAUAAUAUCAACACCAACACCUUCAAUAACAUGAAUAAUCAUCACAAUUCCAUUCCCAAUUCCAUUUCCAACGUCCCAAACACAAUUCACAACCCCAUUCCCAUUCCCAAUCCCACAUUCACUCCCAACGAAGAACUCUCUCUCUUCCCUUUUUCUCUGAAUGAUAUAAGCGAACUAGACGAAGCCUUACUACUCUAUGGCCUCCCAACCCCUCCUGACUACUCGAAUGCUUCAUACUAUAGAAACAACUCAAUAUCAAGCAUCAACCCCAUUCAAAAUCACUUACAAAACCAAUUACAAAACCACAAUCAAAACCAAAACCAAAACCAAAAUCAAAACUUCAAUCUAAACUUCAAUUUAAACUCCUUUCAAAACCAAACUCCAACUCCAACUUCCACUUCUAACACAUCUUCCAUUUUCACUUCAAACCCUCUCUCGACUUCAAACUUAACCUUCAAUCUAAACCAAGAUGACCUCCUACAGUCAACCUCUACUUCAACCUCUCCAACUUCUCUAAACUCUUCAAACCUCAUAAAAACAAUAAACCCCUUUUUCAUCGAUAACUUCAACUACAACGCCUCAACCCCAUCCACUUACAAAUUCAAUAACCUUAAUAACUUCAAUAACCUCAACAAUUUCAACAACUUCAAUCUAAACAACUUCAACCUUAACAACUUCAACAACUCUACUCCAUUAUCUUCAGAUAACAACAACACUACUACUAAUAACAACAGCAUUUCUCUUUUGGAAUCUCCUCUUGACACUCUUAAUUCCACCAAUAAUUUUGUCUUUCCAAACCUUAACACCAAUAAUAAUAAUAAUAACAACGCCAAAACAACUUCAAAUCUUAACAACAUAAGGAAAAGACAAAAUACAAAUCUUAUCGAUGAUUCCGAUAACCUGUCUUCAACCCAAUUGAAUUCAAAUUCAAAUUCAAACUCAAACUCAAACUCAUCUCCAAAUCAAAAUCAAAAUCAAAAUCAAAAUUCAAACUCAAAUUCAAAUCUAAAUACAGUUCACAAACGUUGCAAAUCAGAAUCUUCUCAAAGCUUAUUGGAUUUUACACAAAAUAGUGAAAUUCAAUUGAAUUCUUUGGGCUCUUUAAACUCUUUAAACUCUUCCAAUUCGCUAAAUUCAAUGUCUUCUGUAAAUUCUUUCAACUACGGUUAUCUUUCUCAUUCAAAUCCAAAUCCAAAUCCAAAUCCUAAUACAAACUCAAAUACUAAUACCAAUACUAAUAGUAAUGCUAAUAGUAACGCUAAUGCUAAUACAUCUUCUACUCCAGCGUCUAAUUCAAACAAUCAACUACAACAGCCUUUUUAUCUACAACAAAACCAGCAAUUGCAUCAGCAAAAGAUCUCUCUAAACUCCUUUGACAUCCCUCAAAUCUCCAAUUACUCCUUUCCAAACGAUUUAAACGAACCCCCCCAAUUAAUUCACCAAGUUCAACCAAAUCAAUUCAAUUUUUCCAAUGAUAAAUCCUUCAUAAAUACUGAUAUUGGAAUUAACAAUCUUAAUCUUAAUAGUAUUGGCAGUAUUAACUCAAUCAAUGGCUUUAAUGCUCUAAAUCCAAUGAAUCACUUGAACAAUAUGAAUAGUAUAAACAAUAUCAACAACAUUAACAACAUCAACGUUAACGGUAUAAAUAAUAUGGUCAAUUUCAUCUCAAAAGUAAUUAAAUACUAUCCAAGAACAUCCAUCCCAUCAAAUAGAGUCUUAAAAAUACUAUCAAUUGCAAAGGAUAGACAGUUACCAAUUAAUGAAGUUAAAAAAAUAUUGAUACUUUUCAAUUGUGAAAAGUUGAAUCAAAUGGACAGAUCAAAAUUAUCAGACGAUAUUAUCCACACUAAUAAAAAAGAGGAUGACUUAUUAUUUGAUAAUUACAAUGGGAACGUAAACCAAGAAAAAAAUAUUCUAUUAAAAUUGAAAUUAAUUUGUGGAUUAAUGGAAUUAGAUUAUUUGAAUUCAACUAGUAGUGGUAAUACUAAUGAUCAUGAUAAUGAUGAUGAUAAUAAUAAUAAUAAUAAUAAUAAUAAUAAUAAUGAUAAUAAUAAUGAUAAUAAUUUAGAUGGAUUUAAAGAUGAAGAAAAGAUUAUUAAAGGUUAUAUAAUGUCUAGAAUUCCUUUCAAAGAAACUAAUAAUGGAUUGAAAUUGAAAGUUGAAACAUCAUGUGGUAAAUUAAAUAUCGAGGAAAUAAUUAAUGAUAAUGACAAUGAUAGUAUAUUUAAAUUUUAUGAAAAGGAAAAGUUCAACAUGCUACUUUUUAAACAUUUGAUCAAUUUUGAAAUAAUUGAAAAUUAUUUGCAGGAUGAUGAGACUUAUAAUAAAUAUGUCAAGGAUAAAAAUUUAAACAAGUAUCCCACAUUUGGUAAUAUCAAUUUUACUAAUCAUAAGAUAGUGAUCACUCAAAAUUUUGACACUAAAAGUAAUAGUGGCAAUGGUCAAUUUGGAACAACUGAGUCCACUGUUAAUGGUCUUGGUCUGAAUUCUAAUAGUAAAAGGAAAUAUGUUAAAAAGGGUAAAGCUGAAGAUAAUCUCAAUGUUAAUGGCAAAACCAAUAGUAAUGGCGGCUACAAUGAAAAUGCGAAUGAUAAUAGCUAUGGUAAUAGCAAUGAUAAUAAUAGUGGACAUGGAAAUGGCAAGAAUCCCUCAAGAUGUAUUGGAUUUUUAAGCUCAUUGCCAAAUUCAACAAGAAGAAGAAAACCUAAACACAAUCAUGAAAAUGAUCAAAGCUACAUUAAAAGACCAUUAAACUCAUACAUGCUUUACCGUACUACCAUGGUCAAAGUAGCAACAAUAUUCAAGAUAAUCAACUUGUUGACACCUAUUAUUGAUAAAUAUUGCGAGGAAUUUUCGAGAUUUGACGGCGAGAAGAAAGAAUUAGUUGAGGAAAUUGAUAUUUUGCGAAUGAUUGAAAGGGAUUUAGUGCAUCUCUUGCCCGAAAAACACUACUUUGCUGGCCAGUUGAGCAGUGAAGAAUCAACAGAGUUUUUCAACAGCCGCAGCAGAAUAUUGAGCACUUCAAAUAGCAAGGUCGAGGAUAAAAGAAGAUUUGAAUAUCUCAACCACUUCAGAAUAUUCUCUGGAUUUUACCAGCCCAAGUUGAACCAUGCCAUAAUAGCCCAUUUCAUAGCCAUCUCGUGGAUUACUGAAGAUGAGGAGUUGAAGAAAGAGUUCAGUAACUUCAGCAAGAUCGAGAAAGACGUGCAUGGCAAGUGCUAUCCAGGUUAUAGAUUCAACCCCCAGAAAAAAAGAUAAAUGCCCAGCACCUUUGGCCCACUUUUGCACCAGAAUAUCUGCUUUUUAUAUUUCUGCUCUGUGCUACUUCCGGUCACCUGGCGUAAUCCGGUAGACAUCAGCACGUGGACAGCCUGCUCUAAAUAAGGUUUGACUUAUUUUUAGCACUGGCUCUUAUUGU